CCCCAAACUGUUGCCACAUAGGUGGAAGCACAGAACUGUAGGAUGUCUUUGUAUUGCAUGAGUCUUUGGUAGUGUUAAAUUAUGUCUUCUUUUUGAGUGUGAAAAUGUGCUUUAUAAAUUGAAAAAGUUGUCGCCUUCUUCUUCUGGCAGGGUGGAAAGUCUGGGUGUGGAAAGGGUAGAAGCAGACUAUGUAUUUACCAGUAAUGAAUAACAUCUUAUAGUGCUGCUAGAGGCAUUCAUUACCACUCUCCAGUGACUCUUCAUUUGAGACACCAGAAUCUGUGAACACUCACUUGAGCACAUUUAUCUGAGCAAUGUCUAAGCUGGAGAAGGCCAUUGUUGCUAUACUGGAGAUGUUUGAGGAGUACGCUGGAACAGACAGUGAUAAUCAACUGAGCAAUGAAGAGCUCAGUGCUCGGAUAAUGUGCCAACUGAGGAGCCCUGAGUUCCAGAGUAAAGUAGACCAAGAGGAUAUCUAUGAAGCCCUGCAAAAAAUGGACAAGAGCCACAAUGGCCAGGUGAACUUUAAAGAAUUUAGUCAAUCGGUGGCCAUUCUUGCACAAGGCUUUGUCAAGUAUGGCAAGGGCAAGGGCAAAGUUCAUCAGUGAAAUCCCUCAUAUACUUUUCUUAAUACAUCACUCCAUCUUUAUAAAAUGAAAAGAACACUGUUUGAUUGGUGCACUAUCAUUGAGGUUUGGGCAAGCUCUUUAGGUUUUGUAUUUCAUACUUAUGUAAUACAUUCAGUAUGGAUUUAUUUAUUAUAUAUAUUUAUCAUACUUUUAUGUGACACGUGUACUGCAAACAAUAAAAUAUUCAUUUAUGCAUGGAUAUAGAUACAUAGUGACAGAAAAACAGACUUUAAUUUCUGUAAAUGUACAUAAAUUAAAUGCUGUUUUUCAUAUUAUUGACUGUUGCUUCUUAAAAUAAUUAAUUUACUGUUAAUGAAUUAAGACACCACCCACACCACUGAAAUUUUUUAGAAAUGUUAUGUUUGUCGUUUGUUUGUUAUUUCUUUAUAAAAUUUCUGACUGUGACACCUAGUCUUUAAAGGAGUUUAAUGGGCCUGUUUUCUUGAACAGACACACACAUUGCCUGACACGUUGACUGAUAUGAUGCAUUAAAACAAACUCGGUUUAGAAAAAGGAUUUUGAGAAACUUUUAGAAAAAGAGAAAUGCAACUUCACUCUGGAAUUGCAAUUCACUUUAUAUACUAAAAGAUACAUUUAUUGUGUGUACUUUGUACUUUGUGGUUUCUGCUUUCUUUUUUUCUGCAUCAUCAAGUUUGUGGGAUCUCCACUUACUGUAGCACAAUAGCUUUAAUGCUCAAAGGCUCCAGCCUAGCAAAUUGCAAGGGAGAUUGACUUCCUGGUGACAACCGCCUUGCCCUGUUUGUCACUAUACAAACAUUACCAUUCCAUACUAGCCGUGUCAUUAUUUUUUAUUAUUUACCUGACUUUAUUAUUUGUUCAGCUUAUUAUGAAGCAAUCGAGUUGCUUAUGGUUGCAUCCUAUGCUAUAGGACUACACUAUAAUUUAGACUAACUACAACUUGUUCAUGUACUGUAUACCAAUAGCUGUUUUGUUUUUUUUCUUUCUAUUUUAAAGAAACAAUAUUGCUGGGAAUAUUGUUAUGCACACUAUUUAAGCAGAUUUAAGGUUGGUUUAGUUGCUUGCAGCUGGAUAAACAGUUUGGAUUUAAAUAUAUUAAAGAUAGGAAUUUUUACAGGGAAAAACCCCCAUAAUCAUUAAGGUGAUGCAGGCCCACACUGCAAUUUGGUUGACCACCAAAAUUCACCAAUGGCUCCCAUGCCUAAAUAUGUGCCACAAUUAUUUUUGACAGGCUGGAUAACAAAUCUGGAUAUCAAAAGACAUGGAGAACACAGAGAUUGGGUAAAAAGAACAUGGCAUUAUACAAGGCAUUAUAGUUUUGAUUAUUCAAUUCAAUUCUCAAAAUAUUUUGAACAAAGUUAAUAAAGAAAAAUUAUGACUGAAAAGACUCCCUUCUUAUUUCAGAAUCAUAAACUAUACAAAACUGUGCAUUCUUGUGUCUAUAAAAUAUAACAAAUGUAAAAAAUUCUAUGAACCAAGGUUUAAUACUGUAAACAAUAUUGUCACAAUUUUGCAUUGUGAUGCAUCAUUACACUCCUACUAGCUAGCUAUCAUUAGACAACUAGUUCCCUCUGUAGGUUAUGCGCUGUUUAUGAUACCACAGAAUGAGUAAGUUACACAGCUGCAGGUCAGUAAUGCACAAAAUUAUUGGGUGUUACAGAGCUCUGUAGCAAUAUACAGUGGGGGAAAUAAGUAUUGGACACGUCAACAUUUUGUAUCAGUAAAUAUAUUUCCAAUGAGGCUAUCCACAUGAUAUUUUCACCAGACAUCAGUAUUAACUCAAGAAAUCCGCAAAUAUAAAGAAUUCACGACAUAAAAGUCAACACUAAUAAAGUUAUGUGUAAUAAAGUGGAAUGACACAGGAAAAAAUUAUUGAACACGCUAACUGAAAUGUAUUUAAUACUUAGUGGAGAAGCCUUUGUUUGUAAUGACAGCUUCAAGACAUUUCCUGUAUGAAGAAAUUAGUGGGCCGCAGUAUUCAGGUGUGAUUUUGGCCCAUUCUUCUAAACAUAUUUUCUUUAAAUCUUGUGUAAUUGGAUUCAAGUCAAGUGAUUGACUGGGCCAUUCUAACGCCUUGAUUUUUUAUCAGAAACCAUGUGAAUAACCUCAUUGGAAAAAUAUUUACUGAAAAAAAUGUUGACGAGUCCAAUACUUAUUUCCCCCACUGUAUAAAAAAUACACACACCAUGGCAGAAAAUAUGAGAGGAGGCUAUCGCCAGGUUUUACAGACAGGAUACCCGUGACUGUGACCCAAGUCACACAAGCUGCUAUGUAGAUAGCUUCUUAUGGCAUAUGGACAGUGAUGCUUGAAAGUUAGUUAACCCUUUAUAAUUUUCAAUAUAUCUGCAUAAAUAUGACCUGAAACAACAUCAGAUUUUCACAAAAGUCCUCAAUGAAGACCAAGAGAACCCUAUUAAACAAAUGAGACAAAAACAUUAUUUCUUAGUCAUUUAUAUACUGGGCCAGGACGACUUGCCUUCCUGGAAAUAUGCAUCUUUUAGAUCUAUUGUCACAAACCAGUCCUCAAACUGAAUCUGUGGAACGAUAAGUUUGAGUGUCAACAUUUUGAACCUGUAUGUCCGAAGAGUAUGGUUCAGAUGGCGUAGAUCUAAAAUUGGCCACAUACUCCCAUCUUUUUUGCGGACCAGGAAAUAACAGCAGUAAAUACCUCCCUCCCUCAGAGAAAGGGGUACAUGUUCUAUGGCCCCUUUGUCCAAGUAGCCUGUGCUGACUACUGUGGUGAUCACCCCCCUGAACUGGGGGGUCAAGCUCUGAACUGGACCUGGCUCUCCAUUUUUAGUGCAAUGACUCCCCCCUCUGGCUCCUCAGAGUCAGAGAGGGUGGGUUGACGCUCCAUACUGGAAGGAGGAGUCAUGACACGAGCUCAAAAACCUGGCAGAGAGUUGAACCCAAAAAACAGAGCAGGAGAUAAAGCAACACUCGAUUCCGGCUCCUACUCCAGAUCCAAAUGGGAUCCCCAGGUCCUGAGGCGACUGGUUGCCUCAGCAGCGGCCGGCCCAGAUCCGUGAGGCUUCAAAACCCAACUCCCUUUGGCUGAGAAGAGAGAGAGCCACAAGUGGAACGGCCUGAUUAUAGGGUUAGACAUACUCUAUUUGGAGCUAUUUCUAUGUUUUUUUCCUGUGCCCAUGUUAACAGGUUAGCGCAUUCACACUACACACGGAUGCGGCGUGGCGUGGCAUGGCCAGUGCGUUGCAGGAACGGUGCGGUGCAGCAGCGGACCGAUAGUUUCCGCAGCGAGUCUAUGUCUGCUGUGCUUCACACACUGAAUUAAAGUGAUAGCGCAUAGUUCUUGGUCAAAAUGAACAAGGACUGACACGAAAAUGCAGUAAUUUCAACAUGAAUGCAUAUAAUUGAAGUAUACCACUGUUUUUCACAGUCAUCUUAUUAGUUUAAGCCCAGGGUAAAGCAAAGAAAACCAAAACGCUUACAAGAAUAAAGCAAAAAUCACUAAUGUGGAAAGAAUUAUAUCUAAAGUAUAUUUUGAAAAUGUGGAAUACACUACAUAGCUUGUUAUAUUGUGUGUGGGCGAGGGGGGAGACAUUCGCAUCUCAGCACGUGACAGGCUGGUUAUCGGAGAAAGUUGUGUAUGACCCGCAGGAUUUCUUGAUAUUCAGAUAUUUACUGUGUUUAAACUUGAUUGUAUUACUGCACUGUGUUGCUCUAAACUUCAUUCAAAGUCCUGUCACCUUCCACCUUCAUGUCCUGCUCUGAAUGUGUUCCGCUGCAGAUCAGUAAACAGAGAGACAGACUCUCCCCGACUCAUACUUUUCUUUUUUUUCAAAGGGACAGAAAAGUAAAG